UCCCUGUUGUCCGACUCCCUUCUUCCCACCAACGGCUCAGUCUGUGAGCCUGUGUGAACGCCACUGCAGUUACUCCAAGCAGAGACUGAAAUCACCGCCAAACAAACCCUCACAUCCUGGAGCUGUUCAUACCUACCUCACCACCUUCAGCUACCGACUUCAACAUCGCCGCAAAUAGAGCGACUGAAAAAAAGAAGCAAGCAACGAUCACACCGCGACGGUUGGUCAAGUGCCGACCAAUGGCGGAUUUGUUGUACUCCAUAAGAGGCGGAGUCUAUUUGUAAGCGACACGGGAGAGACUCGGUUGUUGUGGCACGGAUCACUAGUUGUUCCCGGUGUAUGCUGAAACCGAUGGAUUGAUAACAAAAUCCUGGCUGCAAAGGGUUGUUACUUUACACAACAAGGUCCGGAAGAGUUCAGCUGCAGGAGGAGGAGUAGACCGAGUACUACCCACUGACCAGAAAAUCGCGGGAACAUCGGUGACGCGAAUAGUCGGUUUUCGAAGAAUUUGGUGGUAAACCCAAGAGGAAGAACCUUUCGGGUUGAAGGCAGCAAUGGAACUUGUUGUGACCGAGGAGAAGAAGAAGAUAUUCCGUGCUAGGAAAACUAUGAAGAUCAGUGACCGACAGCAACUGGAGACCCUUCACAGCACUUUGUUGACAGCAGCUGCGGGGAUGUCCGAAACUGCUUCGCCACCUCUAAUGAAUGGCACGCACAAGGAGGAUGGACAAAAAGCAGGGUCCAAAGAGCCAAGCAACGCCUCGGACUCAGGCUCCCCUCAAGCUGCAUCCCCUGCUUCUCCGUCUACUUUCCUUUCCCUAAAUCUGUCUCCUUCCCCUUCCUCUUCACAAAGUUCAAAGACUAAGGAUGACAUUUGUAGUCCUUCCACAUCUCCAUUCCACUCCUUGAACUUAGAACUCAAAAAGAUUGAGGAGGAAAAGUCCAAGAAAGGUUCGUCUUUGUCCUCAUCAAAGGAAUCCGUUCCAGUAUCCUCUGCAGAAUCUAAGGAAAACAAGGAAAAAGAAUCUGAGGUGACACCGGCCCUGGAAAAGGAAGAGGAUGACAAAACUACAACAAAGGACCCCGCUAAGGAUUUGCAAAAGGAUUCGGUUGAAGGUUUGGCUCCAUGUUUGCCCCCUCCAGGAUCUAACUGCACAGAGCCAAUGGAUACAGACACUACAAAGGCCAAGGACACUGAGGCGCCCACAACCAAAACGAAGGUUGAAAAGCCUUCUUGCCCCAAAACUACCACUUCUGAUUCCCCAAAUACUGCUCCUUCCUCAUCUCAACCAGCUUCCUCUUCCAACAAUAUAAAACAAGACAAGGAUGUCAAAAAGGAUGAUGGGAAAAAAGGUGAAAAGGAGGCUGCUAAGAAAGGAUCAAUGAAUGAGGAAAAGAUGGAUGUGGAUAUAGUGAAAGUAGAGACCAAAAAGGAAAAAACUGAUGUUGGAAAAACCAAAAAAACAUCUCGGCCAUCUUCCACUCCACCAUCUAAUACAGUGCAAGAGGAAAAGGGCUCCACCUCCGGACUGAAGCGCACUUUAUCAGAGGGAUCUCAAAAUGAUGUAGAAGCCAUGAAACGUGAGGGGAAGAGACCCAAAGUGGAGCGUGAGGAGUUGGAGGCACAACUGGAAUUUAAAUUUACUACAAAGGCUGGCAGUCACGAUAAACUUGAAAAGAUUGUGCAGCAUCUUGUAGAAGAGCGGUUGAAGGCCUUGGAGCAGAGCCUUUAUGAUAAACAUUUCCAAGAGCUGAAGGAAAGAGUAGACAAGAUCGACUGUGCCACUAAACACCAAACCGCCAUUAACACACUCCAAGCCAAGAUAAACCGACUAACGAAAAAGUUUGGUGAGGCCAAUCAGGCGUCAGAGAACAAAAGGAAACAGGAGGCGCUAGCUGCUGUAUCUGCUGCUGUAUCUGCUGCUGCCGCUUCUGCUGCUGCCGCCGCUGCUGCUGCCGCCGCUGCUGCUGCUGCCAAGACUGUGACUGUUGUGAACACCUCUCAAACUCAACGGCCAGUUCGUACCUCCAUGGAGCUCAAGCAGAUCCAAACAACUACUUCGCCCUCAACAGGUGCAAAUCCAUUCCUGCUUGCUUCCACCACAGGUCUGAUCCAUACGCCCACCUCCACUGCCAUGGUUUCACAGGCUCCCAUCCUCCAGCUGAUCACCACCACCUCUAAUGCUGGCUCCACCCUGACCGGUGGCAUCACCACCCAGAGUUCCACCGGCACGCUGCUGAAGACGCCCAGCGGGAGCAGCAUGAUGGCAGCGGGCCAGCCGCUCCUCAUCCAGCUGCCUUUAUCAAUGACUAACGGCCAGGGAGGAAUGCUGGUCAACAUCCCUGUCUCCUCUCUGUCUGCAGCCACGUCCCAUAGCAAGGCCAAAACCACGACUACCACCACCACUUUUAUACUCAAGCCUGCUUCCGCUAUUACCACUUCCUCAGCCUCUGGUCCCACUGUCGCCACCGUCCCCUCGUUCCAGGCCUCCACUGGCAUGGUGUCCCCCACCCAGAUCUCUAUCGCCCGGGCUCUGUUCCAGGGUGGUGCUGGGGGAAUAACUACACCCAAUGCAGGGGUAUCUGUGACCACAGCCAGGGCCCCGGCUCAGUCUGUGUCUGUAGCGGGAGCCAUGUCUUCAGCCUCUUCACCGGCAACCUCUGGGCCCGCUGCUACAGGAUCCACCGCUCCAGGACCACCACAAGGGACGUCUCUCACAUCAAAGACAGACAACCAGGCUACCGUUUCUACUCCGUCCAAAGCAGCUGCUUCAGGUUCGCGACCAAAAGGCUCCGUCAUCGACCUCACUGAGGACGAUGAUGAUGUACAAGUGACCGGAGUGAAGAACGCCACAGCUGCAGCUCCCUCACCCACCCAGCGUCCGAAUCCUGUCCUCAGCACCCCUUCCAGUGCAGGAGCGAGAUCGUCCCCGCAGAGCAAUCCUCAGCUGACGGUCCACCAUCGCCCCCCACUGGACUCUCCUCUGAAAUCCCGUGCUGUAACCACUACUACGCCGACACGGGGCUCUAUUGCGGUGCUGCCCCCGCUCCCCGCUGCACCCGCACUGGCACGCUUACCCCCCGAGGCAGAGCGCUCCUCUCCUCCGCAGCAGCCUCAGCUGAAGCUGGUGCCCAGCCAGACCGGCAUAGUGCUGUCCUGGUGUGUGUCGGAAACGGAUCGGACCUGUGCGGCUGUGGACAGCUAUCACCUCUAUGCCUUCCAUCAAGACAACUCCAACAGCGGUGCAGCGCAGCAGCACUGGAAGAAGAUUGGGGAGGUGAAGGCCCUCCCGCUGCCCAUGGCCUGUACGCUGACCCAGUUCCAGUCCGGCUCCACGUAUCAUUUCGCUGUUCGAGCCAAAGACAUCUGCGGGCGUUUCGGCUCCUUCUGUGAACCUCAGUGCACAAAUGUCAUUAAUUCCAACUCUAGCUGAACAGUGAAGGAAUGGAAACAUUUUUCUUCAUGACUUCCUUUACGUCAUUUUGUGUUAAGAACUCAAAUAAUGUGCGUGGAACUCUUACAAUAUCUGUAAAUACUUCUCUACAUAACAAUGGGACUUCUGACUGAGAUUGAAGCGGCAAACUGUUGGUUUUGUUUGGUUCAUGUAUGUAUUGUAUCUUAUGUGACUGUUGUAUAUAAUUGAAUUACUUUACCUCUCCACCGGGUCAGAUAUUUAUGUUGUUAUCCCCUGUUACUCUGAUCCGGAUGUCUUCUGCUUGAGUUGAGAAGAGGUGAAAGGAUUAUCCUUGUAAAUUGCACAGAACUGUAUACAUGUGUGGUAGAAACUGAAUGAUCAUUUUUGUAAGUUUUGUCUGGCAACCAGACUUUGAAAAACACAAUAAAAGGUUUUAUUAAA